UGUGAUGGAGGGGUGGCCUCUAAGCAGCUCUCCCAACCUCAUAUAAACCAAUGCACACACACACACCCACCCACAUCCAAAAGUUCUCACACACUCUACCGCCGAGUACACAACACGCAGAGAUGGAUCUUCUGAAAGGAUCAGGGAAACAGGUGGAUGCGGUCAUCGACAAAGCAGCUGGUGUGGUGAAGGGGAAGGUGGGAGAUAUGAUCGGAGGAGGAACGAAGGAACCAAAGAAAGAUCAAGGUAUUGGUGAAAUGGUGACUGAUGCGGUGAAAGGGGUAGCAGCCAAUGCAGCCAAGGACAGUGCUGCAGACAAGGCCAAGUCUUUCGGAAAGAGCCUUUUGAAAUAAUCCCCCGACCUGGACUAUACCAUGUCCCCACUCCCCACGCCAUCCCUACAUGGACUCUACCAUCUCUCCACUCACCCAUGAAGAGUUCUCUGGAUACCUCAACCACAAACCUUCCUUCCCCUCAACCAACCCCAUAGACUGUACUGUAACUGAGAUCUGUAUAAAGUUAAUUGGACAUGAAUAAAACACCUAUCUUUCA